GGCUCCCGAGGCGAGCGUGCAACCCUAGAAGGGAAAAGGACGCGCGGAGCGGGAGCCGCCUCGGGGAGAGCGCGGACAACCAGGGUGUUUGUGAGAGCUGGGGCGGGGGUUGGGACGCCUGGCCGGCAUGGCUGGAGGCUGCGCUCCGCAACCUUGAGGAGCCGUGCGGCUGGAGGAGGCCCGGGACAGGAGGCGGCGGCGAUGGCAGCGCGCGGCCCGGGCAGCCGCUCUGGGCCGGGUCGGCUGGCCUGAGCCGCGGGACUGCCGGUGCGCGUCCAUGGAGCAGCGGGAAGGGAGAAACUGCGGAGCGCCGUGUCCUAACGCUCCGGCGGCAGACUGCUGAAGGAAGCGAGCGCACGCGGACCGCCGAGGGACGGCGCCCGGGCCCCGAGCCCCGCAGGCCGGCUGCCCCUGGUGCGGCGCGGUGCGGCGGAGGGCAGCGGAGGCGAGUCGAGCGAGAGGAGCGGCGGGAGAGGCGGGCGCAGGCGGCGGCCGCAGCAAUGCCGGGCCCGCUGCGGCUGCUCUGCUUCUUCGCCCUGGGGCUGCUCGGCUCGGCCGGGCCCAGCGGCGCGGCGCCGCCUCUCUGCGCUGCGCCCUGCAGCUGCGACGGCGACCGUCGGGUAGACUGCUCCGGGAAGGGGUUGACGGCGGUACCGGAGGGGCUCAGCGCCUUCACCCAAGCACUGGAUAUCAGUAUGAACAAUAUCACCCAGUUACCAGAAGAUGCAUUUAAGAAUUUUCCUUUUCUAGAGGAGCUACAACUGGCUGGUAACGACCUUUCUUUUAUCCACCCAAAAGCCUUGUCUGGGUUGAAAGAACUCAAAGUCCUAACCCUCCAGAACAAUCAGUUGAAAACAGUACCCAGUGAAGCCAUUCAUGGACUGAGUGCUUUGCAGUCUUUACGCUUAGAUGCCAACCAUAUUACCUCAGUCCCGGAGGACAGUUUUGAAGGGCUCGUUCAGUUGCGGCAUCUGUGGCUGGAUGACAACAUCUUGACGGAAGUGCCUGUGCGUCCGCUCAGCAACCUGCCAACCCUGCAGGCUCUGACCUUGGCUCUCAACAACAUCUCAAGCAUCCCCGACUUCGCAUUCACCAACCUUUCAAGCUUGGUGGUUCUGCAUCUUCAUAACAAUAAAAUUAAAAGCCUCAGUCAACACUGUUUUGAUGGACUAGAUAACCUGGAAACCCUGGACUUGAAUUAUAAUAACUUGGAUGAAUUUCCUCAGGCUAUUAAAGCCCUUCCCAGCCUUAAAGAGCUGGGAUUUCACAGUAAUUCUAUUUCUGUUAUUCCUGAUGGAGCAUUUGGUGGUAACCCACUGUUAAGAACUAUCCAUUUGUAUGAUAAUCCUCUGUCUUUUGUGGGGAACUCAGCAUUUCACAACCUGUCUGAUCUGCAUUCCUUAGUCAUUCGUGGUGCAAGCCUGGUGCAGUGGUUCCCCAAUCUGACUGGAACUGUCCAUCUGGAGAGUCUAACCUUGACAGGGACAAAAAUAAGCAGCAUACCUGAUGAUCUGUGCCAAAACCAAAAGAUGCUGAGGACUCUGGACUUAUCUUAUAACGAUAUAAGAGACCUUCCAAGUUUUAAUGGUUGUCGUGCAUUGGAAGAAAUUUCAUUGCAGCGUAAUCAAAUCUCCCUAAUAAAGGAAACUACUUUUCAAGGCCUAACAUCCCUAAGGAUUCUAGAUCUGAGUAGAAACCUGAUUCGUGAAAUUCACAGUGGAGCUUUUGCGAAGCUUGGGACAAUUACUAACCUGGAUGUGAGUUUCAAUGAAUUAACUUCCUUUCCUACGGAAGGCCUGAAUGGGCUCAAUCAACUAAAACUUGUGGGUAACUUCAAGCUGAAAGAUGCCUUGGCAGCCAGAGACUUUGCCAAUCUCAGGUCUCUAUCAGUACCGUAUGCUUAUCAGUGUUGUGCAUUUUGGGGGUGUGACUCUUACGCAAAUUUAAAUACAGAAGAUAAUAGCCCCCAAGACCACAGUGUGACAAAGGAGAAAGGUGCUACAGAUGCAGCAAAUGCCACCAGCACUACUGAAAGUGAAGAACAUAGCCAAAUAAUCAUCCAUUGUACACCUUCAACAGGUGCUUUUAAGCCCUGUGAAUAUUUACUGGGAAGCUGGAUGAUUCGCCUUACAGUGUGGUUCAUUUUCCUGGUCGCCUUGCUUUUCAACCUGCUUGUCAUUUUAACAGUGUUUGGGUCUUGUUCAUCACUGCCUGCCUCCAAGCUCUUCAUCGGCUUGAUUUCAGUGUCUAACUUACUCAUGGGCAUCUAUACUGGCAUCCUGACUUUUCUUGAUGCUGUGUCCUGGGGCCGAUUUGCUGAAUUUGGCAUUUGGUGGGAAACUGGCAGCGGCUGCAAGGUAGCUGGGUCUCUGGCAGUCUUCUCCUCAGAGAGCGCCGUAUUCCUAUUAACACUGGCAGCCGUGGAAAGAAGCGUGUUUGCCAAGGAUGUAAUGAAAAAUGGGAAAAGCAGUCACCUCCGACAGUUCCAGGUGGCCGCCCUCUUAGCUCUGCUGGGUGCUGCAGUAGCAGGCUGCUUCCCCCUUUUUCACGGAGGGCAAUAUUCUGCGUCACCCCUGUGCUUGCCGUUUCCUACAGGAGAGACACCGUCAUUAGGAUUCACUGUGACCCUAGUGCUGUUAAACUCACUAGCAUUUUUAUUGAUGGCCAUUAUCUACACUAAACUCUACUGCAACUUAGAGAAAGAAGACCUGUCAGAAAACUCCCAGUCUAGCAUGAUUAAGCACGUUGCUUGGCUCAUCUUCACAAACUGCAUCUUCUUCUGCCCUGUUGCAUUUUUCUCAUUCGCACCGUUGAUCACGGCAAUCUCCAUCAGCCCCGAGAUAAUGAAGUCUGUGACACUGAUAUUCUUCCCGCUGCCUGCUUGCCUGAAUCCAGUCCUGUAUGUUUUCUUCAACCCAAAGUUUAAAGACGACUGGAAGCUCCUGAAGCGGCGUGUUACCAGGAAACACGGAUCUGUCUCAGUCUCCAUCAGCAGCCAAGGUGGUUGCGCGGAUCAGGAUUUCUACUAUGACUGUGGCAUGUAUUCCCACCUGCAGGGUAACCUGACUGUCUGUGACUGCUGUGAGUCAUUUCUUUUGACAAAACCAGUAUCGUGCAAACACUUAAUAAAAUCGCACAGUUGUCCUGUAUUGACAGUGGCCUCUUGCCAGAGGCCAGAGGCCUACUGGUCUGAUUGUGGCACACAGUCGGCCCAUUCUGACUAUGCAGAUGAAGAGGACUCCUUUGUCUCCGACAGCUCUGACCAGGUGCAGGCCUGUGGACGAGCCUGCUUCUACCAGAGUCGCGGAUUCCCUCUGGUGCGCUAUGCUUAUAAUCUACCGAGAGUCAGAGACUGAACUCCUGUCCGGGACUGUUUUCCUCCAUCAGCCAAUCACAGCUCAGACCUUGAGCUGUCUGUCUUUUGACCUUUCAUCUGGGAAGGACUUGUGUAAUCACUUCCUGGUGUCACGCAGAAGAGGAGGAAGGUGGCAGUUUAUUUUUCAAAUCAGAAGUCUGUGAAGAAUGGGUGCCUAAAGUAUAAAUUGUUGAAAAACAUUGUGAUGCCCCAGCAGUGUAUGCUCCAUUGGGAAUAAAUGCGACUUAAAAAUGAUUUGAUGUAUGGCAUAGCAAUAUGAGAUUAGUUGGGAUUUUUUUUUUUUCUUUUCUGAUCCAUCAGGUGCAAAGUUCAAACUAUUUCUGAAUUAAGCACAAAAUAAAGGACAGCUGUUAAUAUAUUUUAGGUGAAAAUGUGAAUUUAUAAAACUAAGAAAAUGUCUUGCUAAUUUUACCUAAUGAUUCAUCAUUAAUCUCAGGAUGACUUACUUCAGGGCCAAAAAAGGGACUAUCUCCCAGCAAGAGCUAGGAAGAGUUCAAACAGGCAUUACCUUCACGAGUUUUCUAUGUCCAUAAAUUGAAAGGUUUUGUUCAAAUGAUUUAUAAAUCUAAAACCUGAAGAUGGUUUUGAGAACGAUAUUAACAGCUGUUAGAUUUUUUUUUAAAUAGUAGAACAUUUGUUUUUGUUCAUUAAACAUUGCUCUGAUGAAAUCACAGUGAUUCCCCUCUCAGUGUUUGACAAUCACAGCACAGGGACACAGCAAAAGGCUGAUUGCCACGUGGGUUUAAGUAGAGAUGACUGAGUAGUAAGUACCACUGAGCUUUUCAUAGUAUCCAAGGGAUUUGAUGGCUCUAAGUAAUGUCCUCACCAACUGGCAUGCCCUAAUGUCCCUGGCUGCUCUGACAUUUCCAAAUUUGUUGAAGUUAUCUAUCAUUCUGAUUAUACAGGAAGCAAACUUGAGUCUUUUUUUUUUCUUUUUUUUUUUUUUGCAAUUGUAAGAUAAUAAUCAUGACACAAAGCACUUAAAUUUAUUUUUUAGUGAGCUGUUGUACGAGAACUUCCAUACAUUGUUUGCAUGCUGUACAAAACCAUUCAGUAGCUCAGAUGCCAUGAACUGUGGUUAAACAAGACACAUACUAGGAGUGGGGGAAUCAAACCUUGUCCUAUGUCCUUAAAUUUUCUAAAUUUACUUGAUUCUUACCUAUAGGCUUCUGAUGUGGAAGACUUAACACUGUGUUAAGUCAGUAGCAAACCCACUGCCAUCUUAGUUAUACUGGUUAAACAAAAACUUAAGCUAGAUUGCAGUUUGAUUAAACUGUACAUACUGUGCAUAUGAUGAAUUUUAUCUUGUGUAAGUUAUUUUUAGAACACGAGUUGGGCAAUGUGGCUUCUGUUCACUGUUUAAUUAAAGCUACCUCCUAAACUCUAGUGGCUGCCAGUAGCAGAAUGCUUAAUUGUGGUUUAGAUACAUGUUGUUGUUUUUGAUUUUUUUUAUCCUUGCCUUGUAAAUAGUCUUGGUUGUACAUUGUCAGUGGAAUAAAAACAGAAUCUUUGUAUAUCAAAAUCACGUAGUUUGUAUAAAAUGUGGGAGGGAUUUAUUUACUGUGUGCUGUAAUUUUGUAAGGUCAUCUAUUUACAACAUAAAUAUAAUGUUUGUAUAUUUACACAUCUGAUAAAUAUUAAAUCAUAACUUGGUAAGAAAAUCCCAAUUAAAGGCUUUCUUCCUAAAA